AUGGCGUCUUCUGCAACAAUUCGGUCGCUUCAGCGGAAACAUCCCCUGCAGCGCCUGUCCAGCCCGUCUAGAGGCUUCUCGGCCUUGGUCCAUGUGAGCACUUAUCCGUGUCGGUCGCUCGUUCCUUGGGCUGAUGUUUCUUUCCCCCAUGGCAGUCUCUUGGUCUUGCCAGCUUCUUCUUCUCGUUCAAGUAGUACGUUGAGUUCCGCUACAGCUCGUGCUCCCCGGUGCUCGGCCCGCCCACUAACCAACCCGUUCUCUAGCAUGCACGAGAACCCCAAUAGGGCUAAUGAAGCAUAUGGUUGGCAUUUCCAGUACCUGACCGUCAUUGGGCUGACGCUGGCCACGCUCACCUUUACCGCCGGUCUGCUGGCGGAUAUGACGUUAUCGGCUCGGCUAUUUUUAGCCAAGAACCUUCUUUCUGUAUGCAGCGCUCCAAUGGAAGUGUUGAUCAGCAUCCUAUACUGGGGGCUCCGUCUGAUCGACAAGCGUUUGGUUGUUCCUGAUUGGGUGAUACUUCCUAUGCAUGCCGUUCUCCCUGCACUAGCUCUGUCCAGUACAAUCGCUUUUGGAUACUGGUUUUGGAUCGAGCGUUGCUUCCAGUUCAACGGAUGGUAUCCUUACCCCGUCUUCGAUGCUGUAGGAUUUGAGGGUCGCGUUGGACUCUUCGCCUUGAGCGCCGUUGUCAUGGCGCUGAGCACGGGAACCCUCAAAUGGCUCUAUGGCCGCGUGAACGGAUACGGAACGAGCGCCAAAGCCCAGUCUCGUCCUGGAGCGAUCAAAAGCAACGGCAGUAUCUAA